AGGUGAGAGCAUGGCAAAGCAUAAAAAUCAACAUUUUCCCCCAUCUCCCUGGAGUUAGCCAUGAAAGUGAGGUUAGGUUCAAUGUCAAAUUCGCGCAAGAAAUCCUUGGAUUGUUUUGUGGGCUUUAAUUGAAUUAAUUGAUCGCGAGAAAAGCCCUUUUAUGCAAAUUAUCGAGUCAAUUUUGUGGCUGUAGUACCUCUGUGAAUGUGAGAAGUAAAUCAAAGAUUGCUGGGAGUGUUCGUGUGUUGGGAUUUUGUUUUCCGGGAGAUGUCCGGAAUGGAUCGACAGGUACUCUCCUUCCACGAGAGCCUCCUCCGGGAGUCAGAUGUGCACCUCCUACGUGGUCCCUAUUGGCUAAACGAUCAAAUUAUUUCAUUUUACUUUGAGUACCUUGAGAAGGUUGUCUACAGGGAUGCGCGGAAUUUGCUAUUUGUCUCUCCGGAAGUUACUCAGUGCCUAAAGAUUGUCUCCAGUGACGAAGCGAGUGUCUUCCUGACACCACUGCAGGCAACAGAGAAGGAUUUCAUCUUCUUUGCCCUCAAUAAUAAUGAACAAUCAACGGCUGGGGGCUCACAUUGGAGCCUCUUGGUUUUCUCCAGACCUGAAAAUACCUUCUUCCACUUUGAUUCCUGCUCCGGGAGUAAUUUAGCCACGAGUAGGCGCUUCUCACGGCACCUUCGCGCAUCCCUGGGCUGUCCUGGAGCUGAAUUGCACGAACAUGAGUGCCUCCAGCAAUCAAAUUGCUACGAUUGUGGCAUUCAUCUCAUCCUAGCCACGGAGAUGGUGGCACAGCAUACUGAGGACACAGGAACAGUACACAAUACCCCGGAAAUUCACCAGCAGGACGUCAAGGGGAAGCGCAGGGAGAUUCUCAAGAUUAUCCGACAACUGGGAGGAGAGAUUUAACUUCGAAUUUUUUUUUGCUUUUCUCGCCACAAAAAUAUGUAACAAAAUUUAUUUAUUCUCUGCAAAAUCUUCCGUGGAACACCAUCACGCCACAAUUUCGGGCGCCACCCAACCCCCAAAGGCACGUUCCAGCUCACAAGCCACAGCCAAGGAGAGACGAUCCUGAUUCACAGCCGAUACCACUUGCAGACCAAUUGGGAGACCUUCGGAGCCCAGCCCAAGGGGACAUGCCGUCGCUGGGAGGCCCAGAAUGUUAAUUAUUCCCGUGUAGGAGAAGUUGAGGGCACGUACGAGGGGCUCAUAGUGGUAGGGUGCCUGUUAAAAAAAUAAAUGUUUAACAAAGAAAAUCAAUAAAAAAAAUUGCAAUUAAAAUGUUUUAAACGUGAAGUUUUUAAUUUUGUUGCAAAUAAGGAGGGAUUGAAGGCCUUAUUGGACUUAAUUUUAGGUCACGGAUUUUCGAUCUGAACAUCGAAGCUUCGGUGAUUCGAUGCAUCGAAGCAUGUUCGAAACACUGCAAAAGAACAGUUUUGUUUUUAAAAUGCUUCGAUUAUUCGAAUACAUAAUCGAAUAACAUUCGAAGCUUCGAAUAAUCGAAUAACAUUCGAAGCUUCGAAUAAUCGAAUAACAUUCGAAGCUUCGAAUAAUUUUUAGAUAUUCGAAGCUUUUUGAAUAUUCGAAGCUUCGAAUCUUAUUCAAUUAUUCGAAUAAUCGAAGCUUUUUAAAAACGAGGCAGUUCUUUUGCAGCAGUGCAGUGCUUCGAUUUUUUCUCAACAAUUCGAAGCAUCGAAAAAUUCGAUUUUUCGGAGCCCUACUUAAUUUAUCCUAAAAAAGUUUUUUUCGCAUGCAAUUAAGACGACAAAAUGAAUAUUCUUUCAUUCUACAAAAAAUAAAAGAAUUUUAUUAAAAAUGGACGAAUCUCGUCAAUUUGCAUACUUUUAGGCGGGAUUUUGCACUAAUAAUGUGUUGUCCUUUGAAAAUUACAAGGAUUCGUUAAAAUUAAUUUAAUUUUAGACUUCUUAUAGAUUAACCCUUGGAAUGCGGAGCGGGGUCGUUGAACGACCCCAGCGCUAUAUUUCGUGUUAUAUCUUCAUAAAUAUAAAAGAUACCAUUCCCAUCUUUUGGAAAUAAGUUCUUUGGUUAUCUGAGGAGGUUAUGUAAAAAUUUCAGCUCAAUCCGACCACCACAAGAAAAGUUAUUAAGGAAAAUGUAGAAGAAGGGAAUUCAAAAAUUGGUGUAACGGUCAUGCUGCGGAAAAUUUUUUAGAGCAUAAACAACAUAAAACAUAAUUAGAAGCAUGUAAAUGUGCAAAACAAUAAAGAAUAUUCGAGAAAUAUUGCCAUUUAUCACUUUGCGGGAAGUGAGGGGAAUGUGGGGAAGAGUGAAAAAAAAAUUGCAGUUUCUUGGCAAAUUUCUCAAAAAGAAAUUGUGAAAAAUGAUUGAAAAA